AUGUCAGGUACGAUCAACCGGACUUUUCGUGAAGUAUCAUUUAAGUUAAAAUAUUAUCUGAUAACUAAUGUAUUGGUUGGCGAAACUGAUCUUGUUAAAGAAGAAUUAUUACCAGUUUUGGCUCAUGAUGAUAGUGGUGACGUUUAUGAACUCGAAACAUUGUCAAUAAUCGAUCAUUAUCUUUGUUUACAAAAUGAACAACAAGGACAAUAUUCUUUAACAAUCAAAAACUUAACAAUUCAUUUACAAUCACUUCAAUGUCUUUUUCAUUUAUGUGGACAUUUACCUAAUAUUGAAUAUCUGAAUGUUUAUUGUUCGUAUGGUGAUAAUGAUUCUCAUUCAUAUCAGUCAGUUAUGAACUCAAAGACAUUAUCGCCUCAUUUAAAAUACUUCAUAUUCAAAGGAAAUAAUGUUGUUUACAAUAACUUACAUUUAUUAAUAAAACAAUUUCAUUCAUCAAUAAAAAUGUUGUCACUAUUUGUUUACUGUGUACAGGACACAUUUAUGGAUAAUGAUAUGGACUAUAGUUUUCUAUCAAAUUUAAAUGAAUUACAUUUGUAUUUUCAUUGUCGACAACUCGCUGUUCGACAAAAUGGCGAACAACAAAUUAUUGCAUCAAAAUUUCAGACACGGUUCUGGAACAAAUAUACUGUUAUGUGUUCUCAUUCAUGUAAUUAUGAUUAUACUAUAUUAACCUUACCAUGUCCUUUCGAAUUUGUCCCAUAUAUAACAGAUAAUUUUCUAAAUUAUCACUCAAAUAAGUCGUCAAUGAUGACAACAAUUACUGAUGAUAAGAAUUUUGUCAUGUCACAUGUAACUAAAGUCGAUUUGGCUCAAGACAGACAUGACAGACCAAUGUCACUAAAAUGUUUUGAAUUAAUUCGAAAACUAUUUCCACGUUUAAACACAUUAAAAAUCAAUUAUAAUCUUGACACUCAUCGAUUACCAUCAUUAAUUGUUCUAACGACAGUCAAAAAGUUAUAUUUAAACCCAUUUAGUGAAUGCACGAGUUGGAAUUCAUUCAAAUCUGUAUUGUUGAUGGUACCAAAUGUGGAAAUAUUAGAAAUUUCAUAUAAAACUUUAUCGUUACUUAUUAAUAAUUACUGUUGUAAUGAUUUGGACACUGAGCACAUUCGUAAACAAUUAAAAACGAUCAUAAUUAUGUGGUAUAAAGAGGCUACAACGGCACUUGACAGGUUAAUUCGAUCAAUGUUUCCUAAUGCCGAAAUUCAAUUUCCAACAAGUGCAUAA